AUGGCCCGACAGAACACCUUCCGAGGGACUGGACUGCCCGCUCUGCCAGCUCUGGACUGCUGCGCCGCGAGGACCCGACGAAUGAGAGCACAUGCUUACGAAGAGAACCCGGUAUACAUCUUGGGUCUUCUGCAGCUUGGAGGGAACCCCCCGGAAAAUGAGAAAAAUGACAGACCCGCGCCAUCGGGACACACAUCACACCACCAAACCGCCAGAUCCGGCCGCAACACCGCACCACCCUCGAGCAGAGUCGAACUAUCAACAGACAACACCGGGAAAGAUGACCACGCCAACCACACCACGCUCGGGAGAAGCAGUCUCACAUCGACCACACAAAAGCAAGCUCAACUCUUCAGUGUUUCAAUUACACAAAAGUCCACUGCAACUAUUCCCCGGUUUACCUGA